GUUUGUCACUGAGAUAAGUAUGAAGGGGCUGCAUAAACUCACAGCAUCUGUCCUGGCCCUGUUCCUGGCAGCAUCCUUCAUCGCCUUCUCCUGGAGUGCCCCUCAGGCUCAUUUCCAAAGGAGAAACUGGACUCCUCAGGCCAUGCUCUAUUUGAAGGGUGCACAGGGACGUCGCUUCAUCGCAGAUGAGAGCCAGAGGAAGGACUUGCACGGCAGAGUGCAGCUGGAAACACGCAGCCAAAACACAAAUCCUUUACCUCUUUCUGAAGCUGCUGCACUGAUCCUUACUUCUUUACAGAAAGCACAAGAAGUGGAAGAAGAGAACAAUGACCACCCUGGCUUCUUGACAGACAAUCUAUCAAACUGGUGAAAUUAUUUAAAAUGUCUUUAACAUUUGUACAGCUUUGAGCCUGAAAGCAUAACUUGUAUAAGUAGAGUGUUUCAUCCAUUCUCACUGAAGUUCCCAAAGGGUGAAAGUACAAAAUUUUGAAUGCAAAGGGAUUCAAAGGUACUAGUUCAGAUAAGGAAAGCAUCUGUAAAGUUCCUGCUUUCUUGAGAGCAUUUUGUAGGUCCCAUCUGAAAUUAAAAAUACAUGGUACGAUCUCACCUGAAAACAUGAUUAAAGCCAUCUUUUUGGACAAACACUUCAUUGAAAAAAAUUUCAAUUGUCAUUGGGAAGACUUAGCUGGAUAUUGAAGCUUUUUAAAUGUUGAUAAAGACAGAUUCCAUUAUCACUUCGCUGGUGUGCCCUGUAUGCUGCUGAUGGUCAAUAAAUUCAGUGAUAUAUAAAAAAAUUCCAGCUCUCUGUGACUGCAAAGCUGCUGAUUUUUUGGU